UUCCUAUCAAAAUUGCGUUGUAAUAUUUUUUUUAAUACGUUAAAUUCUUUAAAAGAAUUUUCGAAUGCUUUUUUCAUUGAAAACGUUACAUUCAUUCUCUUGUUGUAAAAAUGCUGUUUUCUUGUUUUACAGUGUUGAUAAUCCCUUAUUUAACGUCUGCUAUAACGACAUAUCGUAAACACUAUAAAGGUGUAUUACAACAUCAAAGUGGUAGAUGCGUUAUUGCAGCUGCACCUAAGGAGUUAAACUACCAAAUAGAACCAAACUUGCCCCGUGGAAAAGUUGCUCUCUUGAUACUGACGAAGAAUUGUAAGAAUGCAGACAUUUGGAGUAUUUCAGAUAAGUUUAUAUUUAAAAAUGAAAGAUACAAUUUGACUGCAAAUAACCAUGUGGAUCCAAGAAAGGAUCGACCUGGGAUACCAGUUAUUCUUACAAGUGGUUACCACGAUCAUGAUUUUACGCAUUCAACAUUUUUGUAUAGCUAUGACAACAAAAUUUACCACCGAGAGACUGGAUUUUGCGUGAAGUUACAAGUUAGUGAGAGUCCAGAGCACGAAAGAAGAAUUGUUAAACUUAAAGGAACCUUAGUUUUUUCAGAAACUUGUUCCGGAAGUCAAGGGGAGAAGUUUUUUUUUAAGGAUAGAUCUAAAUUUCAAACAGAAGUAAAUGGAAUAACAGAAAAGAUUCAAGAAGGUACAGAUAAAGCAAUGAAAUUGCUUACCUACAAUUUACCUGAAAAAUCAUAUGGUAAGAUUUCUGACGAGUUAUAAGUAAACAUAAUAUAUUGUUCAUUUGUUUACUAAAGAUAUCUGAAAGAAUGACGUGAUUUGAAUGAAGUAAAUGAAACUUACGCAUUUUUUCAUUUACCGCAAUCUAAACUUUUGUUCUUGUAGCAUGGUCUUAACUUUUGACUUAUUUUGUUAAUGCCAAGUUUUUAGUUCUAGUCAAAGUUAUAGUAUAGUGCUUGAGUUAUUUUUUAUUUAAAAUAAUAAUAAGUAACAGCAAUAGUAAUAAUAAUAAUAAAUUAUAAAUUUUUUUUUUCCAUCGUUAGUAAAAUUAUAUACUAUAUAAAAAGUACAAAUUUGUUUAUCUCGAACAGGGCCGUCCUGAAGUGAUCUUAAAGAAAGUGACGUAUCUGUCGUUUUUUGUCAAGUAAGGCCUAGUAGUUGUUUUUUGCUGACUAAGAUCUUUUUUUUUUAAAAAAAAAAAGUCCUUGUUGGCUCUCAUUUGCCGACUCUCUACUACAGAUCCCAUUUUGCCCACGCCAGUGUCCAAAUUUGCCGACUAAAUAAUUUCCUAGGCGUAUUAGACACUUCUUACUCCGCUCUCCCCUCGGGGCGGCCCUGAUCACGUGCAGCAUGUUGUUUACCAUAUUUUGUUAUUUACCAUUUGGCAUGACUGUAUUUUGUGUGCGUGUUUGCGCAAUUCAUAUUGUAAAGUUAAUUUUAUGUUAAAAUAAUCAGUAGG